AUGGAUGCAUUCGACCACGACCUGAACUUCGAGGGGGAUGGCUUAUUAGACGACGUGCACAAUAGCGGGCUGCCUCCACUGCCCUUCACGCCCUCCUACGAGUUCGGCGACGCCUUCUCGAGCACCUUCGAAGACCCGUUUUCAUACCAAUCUGCACCGUAUGAAUCUCUCCUCGACGAAUCGAAUUCCAAUAACAAUGCGGAUGCCAAUACCAAUGCCCAAGAUCUCGACAAUAAACUGCUUGGUUUCGGCGCGCCGAUUCUCAAGGCACCGACUCUGGAUGAUGCGGGUCAGACAUGGCCAGCUAUGUCCGCCGAGCUGUACGGCAUGUUCUUCGUCGCCGAAGAUGUGUUUGGCGACAACAAUACCGGUGGCAACAGGCCGAUGGAAUUGACUUGCUACCGAAGGAAUCUCUUCCAGAUCAGCGGGACGGUGACGCUUAGUAGAGGAAUCAAGAGCAUGAUUAAUGAGCAGGGACAACAGGUCCCGUUAUACGAUUUGAUUGCGACGAUUUCUGCGCUGGAGAGCAUUGAGGGCAAGAGCACGGAGAUUAUUUCCGUGCCGUGGAAGACCUCGACUGUGACGAGCAGCGAGGAUAAAGCUGGAGCUGCACCGCCGAAAUGGCCUUUGGAUCUCAGCAUGAACCCCGAGCUCGACCCUACCUGUGUCUCGAUACCCAUUGCGUGGAAGCGGCUUCAGUUUAAGCACGCGACCGCUAACAAUGGACGGAGAAAGGGUCUGCAGCAACAUUAUGUUAUUCAGAUCAAUCUGAUGGCAACCCUUGCUACGGGAGAGACUGUGAAGCUGGCAGAGAUCCAGAGUGGACCGAUCAUUGUGCGGGGAAGAAGUCCGAGGAAUUUCGACAGCAGGAAAGACGUCCCGCUCAGCGAGAGAAAACUGGAGUCGAAGCCGAGGACGAUGAGUGAUUCAAAUAAUACGGCUCCGCAAGUGAAGGUUGAUCCAGGGGUCACGAAUAGCAAUUACAGAUUCUAUGCCCUGAAUCAAUUACAGCAACCCCUCGACCUCCCCGACUGGAACAACAGUAAUAACAUCAACCCCCUCCCCUCGCCCUCCCUCACCUCGUCCUCCUCGGACAACAGUCUCCCCCGCCAAGCCAAGAAACCCACCCUCUCCCACCAAACCUCUUUCCCAUCCACACGUCCUCCGGUCCCGCAAACACGGUGGAACUCCUUAGAGACGUCGGCCAGCAAAGCUGUUACGGAAGCAACUGCACCCAUUGACCUGAGUCUCGCAGAUGAUGAGUAUGGGAUCGGCAAGGCCCAUCCGGCAUUUGGGAGAGUGGGUGGGGACAUUAGUCCUGUGCUCGAGAAGGCGGGGAUGGUGGGGAAGAAGGGGCAGGUUGUGGGCGUGGGGAGCCCGGAGAGUGCGGACUUGUUGUAUGAGUAUUUUCCGUUGAGCUUGGAUGAUUGGAUGCCUCCUGUUGAUGCGAUUUAUCGACCUCAUGUUGUGCAUCAUACGAUUGUACCUCCGGAGCUCAAGGCAACGCAAUUGAAGAAUAAGACGAAGAGAUACUUCUCUGCAGACGAUUAA